AUGAAGUUCAAUAACACUCAAGUGGUCAGACGUAGUAAUCGGUUUAGAGCUCUUUCUUCUGAUCAAGUAUCCAUCCUUGAGGCCCCUGUUACAGAAUAUCUUGUGAGAGAGGCGGCUUGGGCUUGCGGUCAUCAAAUACUUGAUGACCCUCUCAUGGUCAACGAGAUUAUUGAUUGGUGCAAAAAUCAUAAAAAGAAACUAAUGGUGCUCAAAGUUGAUUUUGAAAAGGCUUUUGACUCCGUUUGUUGGGAAUUCCUUAAUUGUGUGAUGUCUUUCAUGGGGUUUGGAGAAAAAUGGAUUUCUUGGAUUCGUGGUUGUCUUUAUUCUGCAAAGGCUUAUGUCUUAGUUAAUGGCAACCCUACUGUAGAGUUUUCUCUUCAUAGAGGGUUACGUCAAGGUGACCCUCACUCCCUGUUCAUCUUCAUUCUUGUGAUGGUGCCUUUGCAUGUUGCAAUUGAAGAUGCCAUUGCAACAGGCUUCUUUUAA